AUGCUUGGUUUACUGGCUGGGAUAUUUGUCCUGGCUCGCAUACUCUAUGCCAUAUUCUACAAAAGCUAUAUAUGGGAGACGAAAUCUUCAGGUUUCGACUUCGCUCUAUCAAACCUUCGAGCAAAUCAAAGAAAUGCCUAUCUCGAACACGCUCAGACCGCUUUCCGAAUUCUGGGGAAUACCUGGACCACAAGAUCCCUGGGAACAUCGAUGAUUGAGUCGAUCGAACCCGAGAAUUUAAAAGCAGUAUUUCAUGCAGACUUUCCCACGUGGCAGCAGGGCAAUUUCCGGAUCAAAACAUUCAGACCUCUGCUCGGAUAUGGGAUUCUCUCUGCGAAUGGUCGAGCCUGGGAGCACUCACGAGCGUUGAUCAAAUCCGCUUUCAAGAGCUAUACAGCGGAUUCCACUAUCUACGAAAAGCAUAUUCAAAAUCUAGUCGCUAGUCUACCAAGAUCAUCUGCAGAGGUCGUAGACCUGCAACCGUACUUCCUAAGGCUUACCAUGGACAUCUCAACGGACGUUUUGUUCGGAACCUCAGUGUUCAGUCUCCUGCCGGGGUCUGCGGACUUUGCUGAUGCUUACGAGAUUGUGAAAGAUAACAUCUUCAAAGACAUGCAGGUAUAUCCACUCGGCUGGCUUCGAGACCACCGGGAAGCCAGGGCAGCGACUAAGGUUGUCCACGAUUUCGUUGACGGAUUCAUAGAGAAGGCCCUGGCUUCUGCGGACGCUAUCAACGAAGAAGAGGACCAAGGCCGUCGCUACAAAUUUCUCAGGCAAAUGGCGACAGAGCUCGAAGACAGGACUAAGCUGCGAAUGGAGCUCCUCAGCCUCCUCCUCGCCGGUCGCGAUACCACAGCAGCUCUCGUAUCCAACAUGCUCUACAUUCUUGCACAACGCGAGGAUAUCAGGCGAAAAGUCCAGGCCGAGGUGGCUUCGCUUUCCGGUCGCUUCCCGCGUAUUGAUGACCUGAAGCGCCUGCAAUACCUCAAUUGCACGGUCAAAGAAUCCCUCCGCCUUCAUCCUGUGACGCCUAUCAACUCCCGCACCGCCGCCACCGACACAACUCUGCCUACUGGCGGCGGUGUGUCCGGCACAUCCCCAGUCUUUGUGCCCGCAGGCACACAGUUUGUGACCAGCGUACACGCCCUGCACCGGCGUGAAGACCUCUGGGGGCCCGAUGCCGCGGCUUUCAAGCCGGAGCGGUGGGCAAACAAUACGCCUGCCCCCUGGCACUAUAUGCCGUUUCUGGGCGGCCCAAGACAGUGUCCUGGACAGGGGCUCGCACUGAAUAUUACUCUAUUUACGGUAGCGAGGCUACUGCAAAUAUACGAGGACAUAUUGCCUGCCCGUAGCGAGCCGUGGCAGGGCGCUAUUGCGGUGACUUGCUGGAAUGCGAAUGGAGCCAAAGUGAGACUUGUGCCUAAAGAUAGGACGUAGGAGGCAGAGAUGUCACGCGCAUAUGUCAUGGUUUUGUUUGCCUUUUCUGGAAAAUGUGGGUAUACUGGGUGUUGGUUGUUGGGUAGGACAAACCCCUGUCAACAGAUGUCGGUGAGUCUGACAGUGCUCGUGGCAGGGUUGCAGACAUGGUACCCGAGCCCUCCUUUUAUCUGUUGCUGUGGUGCUGGACACAAUUUUUGCUUAUGUCUGUAUCACUUU